AUGGCGGAGCGGGUGCUGUUCCGGCGUGGGACCGGGCAGGUAGGCGCUGGGGAAAACGACUCGGAUGUGUGGGACGACACGGCACUGAUCAAGGCGUAUGACAAGGCAGUGGCCUCCUUCAAGAAUGCUUUGAAGGAUGGGGAGUGUUCGGAGCCUUUGGUCAAACAGGAGCAGCACCUGGGGAUGAAGAGGAAAAACAAUAGAAAGAACAGGAAUAGGACGAGUAACGCAGUCCCUUUGAAACAGUGGAGAGUUGGUGACAGCUGUAAUGCUGUUUGGUCUGAGGAUGGUCAUGUUUACCCAGCAACUAUUGUCUCCAUCAAUCAGAAGAGAGGCACAUGUGUUGUUACCUACAUGGGGUAUGGAAAUCGGGAGGAGCAGAACCUGUCUGAUCUACUUCUUCCAGUCAGUGAUGAAACAGUAAGUGGGGUAGGGAAAUCUGGGGAAAAUGACAGUGAGACUCCAAAUUCAACAGAUGAAAGUGAAAAAUCUUUCCAGUUACCUCAAAACAGAAACAGCUACAUGAAAGAAAGAUUCUCCUCUCGAAACUUAGGUUUUCCCAUACCACCAGCAGCUCCAGGCUUGGGAAUGGUAAGCUCACCAAAAUUCAGGACAUCACCGUCAUUUUUGCCUUGCUGCCCACCCCCCUUCCUGGCAGGACCACCGUUGAUUCCUCCUCCACCACCUAUGUGGCCAGACUCUCCUGAGUAUGAUGAAGCACUGGGGAGCAUGUUGAUAGCCUGGUACAUGAGUGGUUAUCACACGGGCUAUUAUCUGGGUUUAAAACAAAGUCGAACAGAAGCCACAGUGGAGAGAGAAACACAUGCAAAAUAA